AAAAUCCGUGAUUUUUAAAAUCUUGUCUUGGUCAGAGUGAAGUGGGUCAAAAAGGGUGAAGGACGUUUACACAUUGAGACACCCCUGGUAAACUAUGUUUUCGAAAUGCAGAUUUUGUGCAACUAGACUAUAUAGAUCAGCAGUAUUAAAAGGCGCAACGCGUAACAAUACGCGGAUAGCCUUUUCGCGCAUUUUGGAUGGCAAAAUAGACAGCAAUACUCAGGAAUUCGACGCCAACUUGCAACACAACAAACGCAUAGAAAAGACCUACCUGGACGUUCUAAAAGUUGCUCAUGCUGGUGGUGGUGAAAAAGCUGUGGAGAGGCAUGUUAAACGCAACAAGAAACUGUUAGCCAAAGAUCGCAUCAAGUUACUGUUGGAUGAUGACAGUGACUUUCUUGAGUUGUCUCCUUUAUGUGGAAUGCGCAUGGAGUAUGGUGAUGUCCCCAGAGGUGGCAUUAUUGCAGGUAUUGGUAAAGUCCAUGGCAAGCACUGCAUGAUCUUAGCAAAUGAAGCGACAGUGAAAGGAGGAACACUUUAUCCCAUAGCAGUUAAAAAACAGCUACGAAGUCAGGCUAUUGCUGAGCAAAAUCGCCUUCCAUGUAUCUAUUUGGUUGAUAGUGGUGGAGCCUUUCUACCAUUGCAGGCAGAGAUAUUUCCAGAUCAGCAUCAUGGUGGACGUGUUUUUUAUAACAUGGCUAUAAUGGGAGCCAAGGGGAUUCCACAGAUAGCUGUAGUAUGUGGUAGCUGUACAGCAGGAGGUGCUUACAUUCCUACCAUGUCAGACCAGACUGUGAUAGUACAGAAGAUUGGACAUAUCUUCCUGGGUGGUCCGCCCCUAGUGCAUGCUGCCACAGGGGAGGUGGUCACUACAGAGGAACUGGGUGGAGCAGAAUUACACUCCAGUGUAAGUGGCUGCACAGACUACUUUGCCCACACAGAAGAGGAGGGUCUGGAGUAUGGCAGGGACAUAGUAGCAAGCCUAAACAUCCCAGACAGACUUGGACACUCCAGUUAUGAAGAGCCACAGUUCAGCCCUGAGGAGCUGCCAGGCCUGGUACCAUCAGAUCUCUCAAAGUCUCUAGACAUCACUAAGAUUCUGGCUAGAAUUGUGGAUGGAAGCAGAUUUCAUGAAUUCAAAGCUAAAUUUGGCUGCUCUUUGAAGACAGGGUUUUCUCACAUACAUGGGCAUUUGGUUGGAAUUGUUGCAAAUGAUGGUCCACUUAGUGAGCAAGAAGCAGCAAAAGGGGCACACUUUGUUCGUAUGUGUGAUGAAAGGAAAAUCCCAUUGAUUUUCUUCCAAGAUACAGGAUCUGGGGAUUUCAGUUCAGAAACAAAUAUAG